AGCCAAGCAGAAGUUGGACACACUGAACAGCCUCGUCAUUUUUCUUCUAUCUAAGAUGAUUCAUUCUUCGAUUCUCCACACAGCGGCCUUCGUUGCCACAUAUUUGAUAGCUUUCCUGGCAGUUCCCGUUCGAUCCGAUCUCUUGAGCCCCUUACCCGACACUGCCACAUCGGGCGCGCUAAAAUGGCAACCGGUCUUGGACUUUGAUAAAGACAGCUGCUACCACGUCGCCGCCAUCGACAAAGACAAAAACCUCAACCCUGGUCUAGAGCCGAGGAACAACAACCUCGACCUCUGUCGCGCCCAAGAUCGGCUGUACCACAGCAACGCAUACUCACGCCAGCGCUGCAACCACGGCUGGUGCGCGUACAUGUACGGCUACUAUUUCGAGAUGGACCAGAUGUUCGCGUUCGGCCAAAAUGGGCACCGCCACGAUUGGGAGUUCAUCAUCGUCUGGACGCUGAACGACGAGGUCAGAUUCGUGUCGUGGUCCGCACACGGAGACUACACCACUGCCUACUACACCGGCGUUCGGUUCGAGGGGAAUCAUCCGAAGCUCGUUUAUCACCAUGGGGCCGCGAAUACCGGGUCUUUCAGAUUGGCGAAACCUGAGGACGACAAGAUUGAGAACCACUGGGGGGUGUGGUUCAAGGCGUGGCUUGUCUCCCGGGAAGUGGUCAGGGAUGAUAUUGGCCAUGCGCUGAUGGUGCAUGAUUGGGGGAAUGCUCAUUCUGACAUGAAGGAUGAGAGGUUCGGUGGAUCUUUGAAUGAGGCCAUGCCACAGGAUGCCAGGAACAAUGGGUUCGAUCCGUGGGCGUAAGAUUUGGAGAAGGGCGCAUUACGCAAGAAGUAGGGUAAUGGAUGGAGUUUUAUUGCUAUGCCAUGACCAUAACGAUUUUUUUUGUAGGGUUAUGUUUCGCCAGUUUUCUUAGAGUAUGCACCCAGUCUUGCUUGGGUGGAGCACUAAAUUCAUAAACCAAAUUAUUCGGCAUAGAAUACAUCUCGUCCAUUUCUGCAGAAGCCCAUACCCAACUGUGAACUCAUCGGCCGAGAGUAACUCGUAUAUUCUA